UGGCAAAGUACUGAUCCAAACAUUAGCCGUGCCACACUCACUCCACGCGAUUGGCGGCCAGGCCAGGGACCAGGGUCUUGCUGGAACACCCAUCCUCACCACCAGGGAAAUAAUGGGUUGGCGAGCCUCCAGUCUGCCCUUCUUUCGUUUCUGGCUGGUUUGUGAGUGAUUGCAAACUUAUUCUGUUGGAAUUCGAGUCCAGUCCUUUUGUUUCUUUUUUUCUUUCGUUGAUUCCACGACAACAGGACUCACUCGACUUCGCCAUGGCACGUCUCGGCCGCGUUGGGUUCCUGACCCUCGCAGUGGUCUUCCAUCUGAUCUACGCGUACUCGAUAUUCGAUAUCUACUUCGUGAGCCCGAUUGUCAGUGGCAUGAGCCCCUUCCACGUGGAGAGGGAGCCGGAGAGCGAGCCCCCCGCUCAGCGUCUGAUGCUGUUUGUGGCCGACGGCCUGCGCGCCGACAAGGCCUUCCAAGCGUUUCCCGACCCCUCCCCCCCGGCAGACCCGUCCGAUCUCGAUGUGAGCAGCAGCGAUCGAACGAUCCGUCUGGCACCCUUUAUCCGCUCCAAGGUGCUCUCCGAAGGGACCUUUGGGGUCUCGCAUACCCGUGUGCCGACCGAGUCGAGGCCCGGCCAUGUCGCCCUCAUUGCAGGGCUGUACGAGGACGUUUCGGCCGUCACCACGGGCUGGAAGCUGAACCCGGUGAAUUUCGAUAGCGUCUUCAAUCGCAGUCGCCACACCUGGAGCUGGGGGAGCCCGGACAUCCUCCCCAUGUUCGCGGAGGGCGCGGUGCCAGGCAGGGUUGAUACCGAGAUGUACAGCGAGGAGGCGGAGGAUUUCACCUCGGACGCGGUCCAGUUGGAUACAUGGGUGUUUGAUAGAGUCAAGGGCCUGUUCGAGGCUGCUCGCGAGGACCCGGAACUCGAUGCGAAGCUGCGCGAGGACAAGGUCGUCUUCUUCCUGCACUUGCUCGGUCUCGACACGACGGGCCACUUCUUCCGGCCGUAUUCCAAGGAGUAUCUCCACAACAUCAAGGUUGUCGACCAGGGUGUCCAAGAGAUCUCCCGCCUCGUCGAGGAGUUCUACGGCGACGGCAAGACGGCGUUUGUCUUCACCGCCGACCAUGGCAUGAGUGAUUGGGGCAGCCACGGCGACGGCCACCCGGACAACACGCGGACACCGCUUGUCGCCUGGGGAUCGGGUGUCGCAGGCCCCAAGACCAGUGAACAAGGUAUCGCUCCCGGUCAUGAAGAUGGCUUUUCCGCAGACUGGGGGCUGGAUCAUAUCCAGCGACACGAUGUGGCGCAGGCCGACGUUGCGGCCCUCAUGGCGUACCUUGUCGGAUUGGAUUUUCCUGUCAAUUCGGUCGGCCGGCUGCCGCUGGAGUAUAUCGAUGCUAGUCCCCGGGAGAAGGCUCUGGCCGCGUUCGCAAACACCCAGGAAGUCCUGGAGAUGUAUCGAAUCAAGGAAGAGCAAAAGCGCGCCUCUGCCCUCCGGUAUGUUCCUUAUGAGCCAUUUGCAGAGGACAAGCACUAUGCAACACUCAGCGUGGUUCAGGGUCUCAUCGCCGCCGGUUCUUAUGACGAAGCUAUCGUGCAAUCCUUCGACCUGUUGUCCGUGGCGCUCGAGGGACUCCGGUACCUACAAACCUACGACUGGCUUUUCCUCCGGACAAUUGUCACGCUUGGCUACCUGGGCUGGAUUGCGUACGCGUUGACUACCGUGAUCGACCUGCAUGUCCUGCACGGUACGGCAGAGGCCCAUCGAACGGUAGCGAGCAGCAUGUUCUUCUCUUCCGUCCUGGUCGCUCUCUUCUCGGUCUUCUUCUACCAGGGCUCCUCGGUGCGGUAUUAUCUGUAUGGCAUCUUCCCCGUCUUCUUUUGGGAAGAGGUCUUUGCCCGUAGAAAGGCCUUCUUGGCUGGUCGCCAGAUCCUCUUCGCUCACGUCACCUCGUUUACGGGCUAUCUGUCCCUGGGUAUCCAGUUUUUUGUGUUUAUUGUUAUUCUGCAGGCAUUGGUUCAAUCCUAUUUCCACCGGGAGAUCUAUACCGUGUGCUUUCUUCUUGCGGUCUUUUGGCCGUUCCUUUAUGGUCUAACCUUCCUUUCCCAACAUGUCCUGCUCAUCGCCUCGUGGGCUCUUGGUUGCGCCCUCAUGAGCACGUUCACCUUGCUUCCUGCCAACAAGGUGGAGGAUAUUGAAACGUUGACGUUCAGCGCCCUUCUCAUCUUCUUCACCGGUAUUCUAUAUCUCCUCUUUGAAGACAUGAUCUACCAGCCGCAUCAGUCCUCCAAGGAGUGGUUUGGGCCUGUCACUAGUUACGGCUCGCGGAUCAUCAUGGGAAUGCAGGUCGGCAUGGUCUUGUUGUCCUUGAUCGUGACCCGGUCUAGCGUUGCCUCGAUUCAAGCGAAGCAGGGUCUUCCCCUUGGAAAUCAAGUGGUCGGGUGGGCCGUAGUGGUUGCAUCGCUUAUACUCCCCUUCUUCCAUCGGCUGUAUCCCAACAGCCACUACCUGCAUCGGCUGAUGAUCCUGUUCCUGACCUUUGCACCCACGUUCAUCAUCCUGACCAUCUCGUACGAGGGGCUUUUCUACUUUGUUUUCUGCAUGACGCUCGUGACGUGGGUACGUCUGGAACAUGCGAUUUACGUCCACACGACGGAUUCGAAACGCGAGGAGCCGCCGAGGAUGGUCAGCAACGAGCCUGCGACGCAGAAAGCAGCUGGCCCGGCUGUGACGGCGACGGCGAGUGUGGCGGGCGAGACGUACCAGUACCGUCGACUGAGCGUGUCGGACGCCCGCGUGGCGCUCUUCUUCCUCUUCCUGCUGCAAUCGGCCUUCUUCAGCACGGGCAACAUCGCGUCGAUCUCGUCCUUCUCGCUGGACAGCGUGGCGCGCCUGAUCCCCGUGUUCAACCCGUUCAGCCAGGGGGCGCUGCUGAUCUUCAAGCUGCUCGUGCCCUUUGCGAUCAUCAGCGCCAACCUGGGGAUCCUCAACCGGCGGCUGCAGGUGGCGCCCAGCGCGCUGUUCAUGGGCGUCAUGGCCAUCUCGGACGUGCUGACGCUCAAUUUCUUCUUCAUGGUGCGCGACGAAGGCUCGUGGCUCGACAUCGGCACGACCAUCAGCCACUUCUGUAUCGCCAGCUUCAUGUGCACCUUUGUCGCGGUCCUCGAGUUUCUCAGCGAGGUGUUUAUCAGCGGCGUCGAGUUUGCCUAAUUGCCUAGAGUCAUGUAUUAUAUAAUUGAUAGAUUCAACUAAUGUACUCUAAUGUACUCUUAAAUGCAC